AUGUCCAUUGCUCACAUUAACACUAUUGACGCCCUUGAGAAGGCCUUCGGCGAGAGUGGCGACAAGCUCGUGGUCGUUGACUACUUCGCUACCUGGUGCGGUCCUUGCGUCAGUAUGGGUCCCAAGUUCCAAGCGUUGGCCACUGAGUUCGACGGCAAGGCCGUUUUCAUAAAGGUUGAUGUCGACCAAGCUGAAGAUGCUGCUGAGAAGGCUGAGAUUCAGGUCCUCCCCACAUUCGUUCUUUACAAGUCCGGUAAAGAGGUUACUCGAAUGAGCGGCGCGAGUGAAGCUAAGCUUCGUGAUUUGAUUCAGGCCAACUGUUAA